UACGAAUGAUUUCCUUUGCAGUGACCACAUCCUGAGCUUGAAAUAUACCCGGCCUGAAUCGCUGCAAGACCAAUUAGUCUCGAUUUACGUCUCGCUCAUGGGACGCCAUUGGACAUUUACCUACCAAAAAAAAUAAAUGAAUCCUCCGAACGCCUCUCAAUCGACCAUCCUGGAGCUAUUGGGGCUCGUGGAAAAUGGUGACAUCAAUCGUGCGGUGCAGAUUCUUAAUGCGGAGAGUGAAACUGACACAGCAACAUUUUUGGAACCCUGGGGAUCCUUACAAGUCACUCUUGUUCAGCUCGCGGCAUGGCGAGGAAGUAUCGAAGUCCUGGAGCAUCUGGAUACCCGAGGAGCUGAUUUGGACGCCACCGAUAAGCUUGGCAGAUGUGCUCUUCAUCACGCAGCUCAUCAAGGUCACGUCGAGGUCGUCUCCUGGCUUCUAGAACGGGGAGCUACGGUCGAGGCGAGAUUUGGCGUCAGAUUCCUACCCAAGGACAAACCCUACAGUGCCACCAGUGGCCCGAAAUUGACGAGCUUCGAAAUUGGGAAAAAUCUACCUCUUCCGGAAUGCUGGGGACGAACAGCACUGCAUCAAGCGGUUAAAGCAGGACAUGUGGAAGUGGUUAGACUCCUUGUAGAUGCCGGCGCCAACGUUGACGCGAAAGAUGAUCGGGGCGUCACGCCGAUUCAUCUCGCUGCCGUUAAUAUCCAUGCCAAUAAUCCCAUAGAAAUGGACCGUUACGAAAAGAUCAUCGACAUCCUCGUAUCGGCCUUUGCAUCCAUCAACCUUGUUCAUCCUGACACAGGCACGACUGCCCUACACCAUGCCGUGACUCUGGGCAACAAGAAGGCCAUAAUGCGUCUUCUCAGGGGUGGCGCAUCUCCUUCGGCACAUUGCACCUGUACGGGAAUCACCCCGCUGCAUAUAGCGGCUGGUACGGGCGUCGUUGAAGUUUUGGAACUGUUACUUCUAUACCUGGAUGCGUCGUUGAUCAAUGUUCGAGAUCAGGUUGGAAGGACCCCCCUUCAUGCCGCAGCUUAUCGCGGGCACUUAGAAUGCGUCAAAUCCAUCCUCGAUCACGGAGGAAAUCUUGCCUCCGAGACCACAACUGGGAUGAGAGUUAUCGAUGCAAUUUUUGAAAACAUACCCAGGCCAAUAGCUUUUCUGACGGAAGUGCUAAAUUCCCGAGUCCGAGCGACAGACAAGACUGGAAAUCACGUGAGCUUAGACUUCCGGAUCCUGGCACCUCAGGGUGAACUACAGAUGGCUGUCGUGUCCGCGUUGAUCGCAGCGGUUCCGAAUAUGGAGCAGAUGACGAUCCUGCAACAUCCUCUUUUAGAAGCUUUUCUUGGACUGAAAUGGGCACGGCUUCGAGGAUUCUUCUUCCUACUCGUAGCUGUCCAUAUCUUAUUCGUCCUUUCCCUCUCGGCAUACGCCGUCCUCUUAUUAAACCGAGAUCUCCACCUGGACUCGGCCUUACCACGAAUAAUACUGUUCCUUUGCGCCUGUAUCUUACUGGCGCACAACCUGCUGCAACUCGUCAUACUACCGAAGUAUUACGCGCGGCAAUUUGAGACCUGGUUAUCGUUAAUUUGUGUAACGAUUUCCCUCACCGUCGCGAUAGCUGGAGAAUUCAUUGAUGACAGAUUUGAAGCAGUAACAACCAAUGAUUCAGAGCAAUCGAAAGACUCUCCCCCCCAGUAUCAGUACGAUCCUCCUCAGUGGAUUUUACAAUCGAUCAGUGUAGCAAUUUUAUUUUCAUGGAUCCAGAUGAUGCUUUUAGUGGGUCGUUUCCCGACCUGGGGGUAUUACGCGUUGAUGUUUUCAACUGUGUUGAAAAAUGUCAUCAAGGUUCUUCUCGCGUUCGUUUGGCUCAUUGUGGGAUUCGCGUUCAGCUUCUCCGUACUUUUUCAUCGGAACGAUCAGUUCAAGAAUUCGUGGAAAUCAGUUGUAAAGACGAUCGUCAUGAUGAUGGGGGAGUACGAGUACGGACAGCUCUUCGCUUCUGAUCUUGACAAUGAGAAUACCUUCGUCCCUGUUCUUGGCAGGAUAGUUUUUCUCAUGUUCGUAAUGCUCGCCAGCAUCGUACUGAUGAACUUAAUGAUCGGUGUCGCGGUCAGUGACAUUCAAGGGCUCUUGAACGAGGGUCACGUUCGGCGACUGUUGAAGCAAGCUGAGUUCGUCGCUCACUUGGAGUGGUUGACUUCGCACCGGACAUUCCAGAGUCGUUUCGUUCCCAAAUUUCUGAGAGAGGUGCUCAAAUCAAAGAACAUGGUGUUGACUCAAAUGAGCAUUGGGAUGUUCACCGGGUUCGAAAUAGGAGCUGGAAAUAUUCCGGACGAGUUAGUGGAAGUUCUUUUCGAACUCGCUGCGAAGACGCGGGAUCUGGAGAAGAACAAGAGACUUGACCGAGACAAUGUUGACGCAACGUGUGAAUGGAAAAAAGCAGCCCCAGCACGAGCUACAACCUCCGCACCAGAAGAAGCCGAUACUCUUGAGGAUGGACAAGCUUGGAAUCAAAAGAUGCAUUCUGCGAGACGCAUGAGACGACGAAUAAGCUCUCCGCUAGAUAGUAGUUUUUAAAUAUUCUUCUCGUCACAUAGAAGCUUGAUACGUCAAGCAACGUGAUCAGUCUGAUCUGGGGUGCCUUUCCCGAGUACGCUACAGUAUGUAGGGUUGCUUUAAUUCUAUCUUACCGACCUGACCAAAUGCAACACCGUAGUAUAACAUCGAAUGCACUCCAGGAGCUACGCUUUGUCGAAGGUAAUUUUUUUAAUUUCGAUUAUAAUUGAUUGAAAAGUUUUCCUAAUUCACCUGUACCCUAAAGAUGUAUCCGUGAUUUCCACUGUGAAAUAUUUUUACAAACUACUCAACCGAUCAAGGAAACGUUUACGCGUACACCAGAUAUUAUUGAUCCGAGCGCGGUAAUAUUUAUAUCCUACAGAUGGCGAGAGCUAUUUAGAUAGACGAAGCGCGGGAAUAGAAAUAAUAGUAUAUGUAUGCAUCCGUUCGAACGACUUGAUUAUGGCGCUUGACCGCAUCGUGAUUUAAAUACCUCGUUCAACCUGCUCCGGAUAGAAAAUAUCAGAUCGGUAUAUCGAAGCGUGAUGCAUCACAUCGCUUGUAUUUCCAAACGACCGGAAGUCAUCGGUGAUACAUUUAUUCGCUCGUCGAUUAGGCAUACCGUUACGCGUGCUAAAUUUUUUUCAUUAUUUCAUUUCUUCUUUUUCCUGAACUACGAGUCGACUCGUUCGAAGAAUCAACAUUAUCGUAGUGAUUAUAAUCCGUCUAGUCCAUGUCAUUUCAACGAAGUUAAUCACAAUGGGAUUACAAAUUUUGAUUACUAGUUUUGUCGUAAACUGGUUUUACAUUAUUUUAAGAAAGCUGGCCAUUUUUUGAGAAGUAUCUUUUUGAAGAUUCAAUAUUUGACAGUUUGUUUUCCAAGUUUCUUCGUUUCUCAAUUCGUAAAUCAUUUUAUUGCUGAAAGUACCCCACUUGAAAGAUUAUUUAUUCAAAAAACGAGUGAGCUACCUCAAAAUAUCGAGUGAAAAAUUU